UCCUAUUCUGAUAAAAAAGAGCCUUUAUGUAAAGUCAGUAAGUGCAUCUUUUACAGCAGCAAGUCCAAAAAAACGAUCAAGCAGUUGAGUAUUCAUCAAGCCUAGUCAUUUUUUUGGUUACAAAUAUUUCUUGCGUAAGUUGCGUUACACAAUUCCAGGAUUGGCGUUUGUUGUGUUUGAGUCGCCCAUGCAUGAGGCAGCAUUUCCCUGCUGUAUUUGAUUCAGUAACAUUCCAUUGAGUCAUUGGUGAGUGCGGAAGGAUGGACCGAAUUUACUGCCUCGUUGCGUCCAUAACAGUAGUGUGAGCGCUUAAGGUGGAUUUAUUUUAAUAUUUUGAUGGAAUGUAUGACUCACUAUAAAUGUAUAGGCUGCAACAAAAAACGUGCUGAAAAAGUAUAUAUGACUUUUACACGAGGGUUUUGUAUCUUUUUACUUGAGUUAGACGUUUAACGCACCAACACACGCGCGCGCGCGCACACACACGCUCCUCCCCCUCCUCGUCGCUGCUAAUCCUAGGCUCGAGCUUCAUCAUGGCGGAAAUUAAAACAGGAAUUUUCGCUAAGAACGUCCAGAAACGUCUGAAUCGCGCGCAGGAGAAGGUCCUGCAGAAGCUGGGGAAGGCUGAUGAGACUAAAGAUGAACAGUUUGAACAAGUUGUUAUUAACUUCAGGAGACAAGAGUCUGAAGGUGCCCGUCUGCAGAGGGAAAUGAAGUCCUACAUGUCGGCUAUUAAAGGGAUGCAGCAGGCCUCCAUCAACCUGACUCAGUCUCUGCAUGAAGUCUAUGAGCUGGAUUGGCACGGCAAGGAGGACGUCCUGACCAUUGGAAAGGACUGCGACGCUUUAUGGGAAGACUUUCACAACAAGCUUGUGGACUCCACGCUCCUCAACCUGGACGGCUACCUGCAGCAGUUUCCGGAUCUGAAGAACCGCGUGGCUAAAAGAAGCCGGAAACUUAUCGACUAUGACAGCGCUCGCCACCACGUGGAGACCCUGCAGGCGUCCGGGAUGAAGAGCGACCGCAAGAUGAUGAAGGCCGAGGACGAGCUGAGGAAGGCCCAGCGAGUCUUUGACGAACUGAACGUUGGACUCCAGGACGAACUGCCUUCUCUGUGGGACAGUCGAGUGGGAUUUUACAUCAGCACCUUCAAGAGUGUCACCAGCCUGGAGGCCAGGUUCCACCGGGAGAUCUCCACUGUGUGCAGGCAGCUGUAUGAAGUGAUGACCCACUUAGGGGAGCAGCACUCGGACAAGAUGUUCACAAUUCAGGGAGCUCCAAGUGACUCGGGACCCCUGCGCCUAGCGAGAACACCAUCACCACCAGAGGACGAGAGCCCCCCCGAGAGCCCAGUAGCCUCUUCUAACCACAUGCUCCGACCAGUGUCCCCUGGACCUCCUAGACCCAAGUCUCCAUCACAGCACAAGCAGGGGCCACCGGUGCCGCCCCCACCCAAGGUGACCCCGAGCAAGGAGGUGGCAGAGGAGCAGAUCAUCGACCUGUUCGGAGGAGAGUUUCUACCUGCACCGUCGCCAUCACAGCCCAACGAGAGGCCUGGAGAGUCAUUACUGGAUCUGGACUUCGAUGCCUUUCAGCCAGAUGACAGCGUCUCACCGAUUCCUCAGACCGCGGUUCCCUGGGACAUGUGGUCGGCUCAACCUGCACAGAAUCAGGAAGCAGAAACAGGUUUCGUGGCCGACUGGUCGGCUGACUUCGGGUCGAUGGCAGCAAAGGAAGAGUCGGCACCAAGCGCGGAGGAAGCUGCUGCUCAGGAGUCCUCAGAAGUUCCAGAAGAGCCUGCGGAGGGGGCCGCGGUCCAACCAGCGGCUGAUCCUCCGCUGACAAGUGGGGGUUCACCCACACAAGCUGAAGAUGCUGAAGUGGCAGAGGACAAGGUCAGCAGCGUGGACUCCCCGACGCCCCUCACAUGUAACCCUGACCCUCCAAAGAGAUCGUCCUCCGUCGGGGAGGAGGGUGGACAUGAACCCUGCCGGGGCCUGAGACCUCAGACCAAUGAGAAUGCUCGACACAUGGACACUCGCUCCAAGUCCCCUGAUGGGUCUGGUUCUGAGUAUGAGACUGCUGAGGAGUGGGUGGACGGCGGUCAGACGUCUGACAGGAGCGCUGCUGCUGCUGACCGAGGCUCUCGGGUGGAGAGUCACGGCUGCGGUUCUGGACCAGCAGUGGUGGAAGAGGCUUCCUCAGAGCUCAGUGCUGUCGGUUCUGAUGCUGAGAUACAUCAUUGUGAUGGAUCACACACUGAGCUUGAUAAUGCAGGAGACCAGGGUGAUGUAGGUGCGCUUGUUUCGGACCCCUUUGCUGAGACUCAGGGUGAUGUGGGUGCGCUUGGUUCGGACCCCUUUGCUGAGACUCAGGGUGAUGUGGGUGCACAUGGUUCGGACCCCUUUGCUGAGACUCAGGGUGAUGUAGGUGCGCUUGAUUCAGACCCCUUUGCUGAGACUCAGGGUGAUGUAGGUGCGUUUGAUUCGGACCCUUUUGCUGAGACUCAGGGUGAUGUCGGUGCGUUUGAUUCUGACCCCUUUGCUGAGACUCAGGGUGAUGUAGGUGCGUUUGAUUCUGACCCCUUUGCUGAGACUCAGGGUGAUGUAGGUGCGCUUGAUUCAGACCCGUUUGCUGAGACUCAGGGUGAUGUUGGUGCGCUUGGUUCUGAUCAGUUUGCUGAGACUCAUGGUGAUGUAGGCGCGUUUGAUUCGGACCCCUUUGCUGAGACUCAGGGUGAUGUAGGUACGUUUGAUUCUGACCCCUUUGCUGAGACUCAGGGUGAUGUAGGUGCGUUUGAUUCUGACCCGUUUGCUGAGACUCAGGGUGAUGUAGGUGCGUUUGAUUCUGACCCCUUUGCUGAGACUCAGGGUGAUGUAGGUGCGUUUGAUUCUGAUCUGUUCGCCCUUACUUCUGGAGGUUCAGGUGCCUUCAAUUCUGACCCAUUUGCUGAGAGUCAAGGGACCACAGGUGCGUUUGAUUCGGACCCAUUCGCUCAAAGUCCAGGUGGCAGAGCUGAGUGUGGCGCUGACCCACUCGCCGACUGUGCAGCGGAUGCCGGCAGCCACUCUCCAGGAGCCUGGUCUGCAACCUGGCAGGAAUCUAGUGGCGUGAGCGGAGACGUCUCAGAUGGAAGCAUGAAUGACCUUAAUGUCUCCAGAAUCCAGGAUUUGGAAAACAUAUCAGACGAGGAAUCGAACCAGAGAUUUGGGAAGUUGUACACAGAGGAGUCGCCUGCAGCCUCCACGUUUGUUCCAGACUUUGGUAAAAUGAAUGAAGAAGAACCUGCCGGCGAUUCAGAGGCUCCGGGCGCUGCAGAUGAAGCUCCAGAGUCCGUUGAGAUCAAAGAGGCCUCGACCGAUGAAGCCCCAGACCGAACAGCGACUGAGAGUCCGCAGGAGAAGAAGACGGCUGCAGUUGAGUCUCCGGUCUCCAACGCAGCUGAGGAGAAGAUGACCAUCCCGUCCGUGGUCAUCGAGCCUGCCUCCAGCAACGAAGGCGACGAUGACCGGGAUGCUGACAUCAUCUCCCCGACGACCCUGAGCGACAGCGCAGAGUCCAGCGACUCGAAAAUCAAACACAUGCCGGCGUCCGGGGGAGGGACUUCGCUGCCGGAGCACUUCCUGUACAAGGUGGAGACCAUGCACGACUUUGAAGCUGCCAACUCAGAUGAGCUGGAGCUGAAGAGAGGAGACAUCGUGCUGGUGAUCCCAACGGCCUCAGCCGAGGAUCAGGAUGCAGGUUGGCUCACUGGAAUCAAAGCCGACGACUGGAACAACUUUGGAACUUCUGCCCCAAAAGGACUUUUCCCGGAGAACUUCACGCACCGUCUGGAAUGAAGGUGUUCUCUGAGCAGCAUGUAGCAACGCCGAGGCGACUACAGCUGGGCCCGCCGCGGCAGGAAGCUCUGAGCAUGAUCUUCAACUCCACCCAGAAGUUAGGUUAUCCAAAUCCAAGCUAUAGUUCCAACCAGCGUGUGAGUAGUGAUCUGUUGCAGUCAUCUCUAUGAGUGAAGAGUUAUCAACGUGUGGAAGUCUGUGUUGUUCGUGUCUGUGAUUCUGAUUCGAGUGUUGUCCUCCAUCACUGUUGGUUAUCCACUACUGUAUAUUGUCAUUUUGAGCAUGAAAAGUUUGAAGUGUAUCAGAUGAAAUCUCCAAAUAAAUUUAAGUGAUCUAUGCUGAGAAGCGUCAGCGGGUCCUUCCUCCACGAUAGACGCCAGUCGAUGUUCAUCCAUCUAGCGGCGAGUGUAUUCGGAAACGAUGGCGCCUUGAAAACUCCUCAGGUGUUUAAAGCACAGUGACGUUUAAGACCGCAGGAAAUACGACUUCUUUUUUUAUAAUUCACAUUUCUCCUCCAACUAAGUUUAUGUUACAAAUUUGAUAAUUAUUCCAGCCAAAUUUUACAUGCACAAAAAUCCCCAAAUAUUUAAGUUUUAAACAGACUAUCAUGAAGUGGUAUCAUCAUUUAAAUAACCUAAUAAAAACAAUGAAAACCCUCAAUUCUGAUGUAUUUUUUUUAGAUCCGUGAGCCUCUUAUCAUUAUUAUUGCAUUGUUUUAUGUGUCUUUUCCUGUCUUUCUUUCUGUCAUUUGUUUUCCUUACUUUACCUUUAUUUUGUGUAUUGUCCUUUUUUUAAAUUUUAUAUCUUAUUCUUGUUUAACAUUGGACAAAAACAUUUUACAUUUUAAUGUAUAAUGUAUUCAUCUAUACCAUAUUGUUAUGCAAUUGUUUUAUUUAAAAAAAAUGAAAAAAGGGUGCAGAGGGCGGGAAGAAUUUAUCUUGUCAUAUAUACGUAGAACAUACCUAUUUUUUAGCAAUCCCUGUCUCCUAGAUAUAUCUCUGUCAUAAUUUCUACACGUGUGGAUUUUUGUGUAGUA